GCUGUCCUAUCUCCACAUCUAAACAUCUCCACAUGCUAUAGCGGGUGUCAGAUGUGUGGGUGGAUAUUGAUCAGCACACAAACUUCCUGUGUUUUCAUACUCCAGCAAAAACAAAGUGAAGAUCUACACCAAGCAUCACACUGUCAAACUGACGAGGAUACGACAACAUGCCUGACAUCUUCACUCUUAUUGCUCUCAGCUUUUCUCUCAUGCUUCACAAUGCACACUGCAUCUGGGACGUGAGUGAACCUCUCAACCACACACUCAAUGACGAUGGAUCAGUCAAUGUCACAUGCAUGAUUUUGGGAAAUGAAAAUUUCAGUGAAUUGGACGCCAAGCUGAAAAUGAAUGGCAAAUAUGUGUGUGAGGUUGAAGGCAAAGUUGAAACUAGUGGAAAAAGCUGUUCAUGGCGUUAUGAAGACAAUAAAUUCAUGUUUAAAUUGAACAAUCCCAAAGACAUACACAAUUCUACAUUUUCCUGUGAGAUAUCGAAAAUUAAACCAUUCCCUGUCGAAACAAUGACAGGGCCUGAAGCUAAGCUUUUCCAAGGUUGCAGUAACGCUGUGGCAACUCUUAGUUCUCCAUGCUACAACACAACUGUCCCCCUACCACCAAGGAAUCAACUUGAAGACAUUUAUCCCUUACUGAUCUUAGUUCUGAUCAUUGUGCUGGUGAUGCUCUCUUUCUACAGCAUCAUUGUAACUGUGACCUACAUCAGAUUGAGGGACCAGAAGCUUGAGUCUGCUGACAAUCUGACCUAUGUGCCAAUGCAGAGGAAUGUAAAGCGGCAUGAUAUUGACAACACAGAAUACGUGGACAUGCGUGAAUUGCUGAAACGAGGAGGAUCCCACAGAGAUAUGAACCACAACUCUCAUUUAAAUAACUUCUGAGCCCGUCUCAACAGUGAUUUAACUGAUUUAAAUCAGGCUUUAACUGCUCUUUAACUGCCCUUGCUGGAUUAAAUACGGUUAAGCUACACUAAACAAUAUCUCAGGACAAAAUUAUUGCCUUUUUUGCCAAUCAAAAGACUUUCUCAAUGGCUAAAUCCACUGUCCCCCUCACAUAACAGUCAUGUUUUCAGUUGUAGAUGAUUUUUCAUUGAGUUGCUUGUGCAACAUCAUGCUGAAUUGUAGCUAUGCCAAACUAAAGAACAAGAAAAAACUCUAGCUUUGGACAUAUUUCAUUAUUAAGUUUGAUCCAAUGGACCAAUAUUUUUAGUUUUAUUCUAUGCUAAUAUUUUGUUUGAAUAUAUGUAUAACAUUUUUUGAAUUUGUUAUGAAAAUCAUUGUAUUAUUCUUCAAUAUAUAAUAGACCAACUAUUAAAUGAUGAAUUACAUCUGUGUAAAUGUGUGUCUUGGUGAAUGGCUUUGUUACAUGACCUGUUUAUCGAAGAGGGAAUGCAGGAAUAGCCAAUAAACAUUAUUGUGGCAUAAAAAA